AUGUCUGCUCCUGUUGGUCCUCUUCUUGCCUCGCUCAGAACCCUCCCAGAGCGUUCUCGCCAGGGUGUGAACAACCUUCGCCAAAGGCUUUUCCAGCAGGGUGAGAAACCCAAGAAGGAAGGUCACUUCCUGCGAACCUCUUUCAGUGUUCACCGUCCUGUUUGGAUCACCGCUGCCGGUGGCGCGUACACAAGUGUGGCAGCCGUGCUUCUCACCAUGCGAUACCUCAGACGCGCCGUUCGAUAA